AUGGAACCGCAGACCACAGAGGCUCCUUCACCUUCAGAACCACCCAAAAGCAACACCCAAAGCUACGACACUUCUCUUCCUGCGCCGGAGCAAAUUUCCGUCUCUGUCCCAGCCCUUCGAUUCCCUCGACCACAAGGGAGCCAACUCCUCGCCAACUGGGUUUCCAGCAGCGAUCCUGAUAUCCGACAACCAUCCAUGAUGUCGGAUAACGGUAGCCUGGCCGAUUCGGCCUACGAAAUUGUCAACGGAACCGAUAACGAGAGUCAAGACGACCGCCUGACCGAGUCGACUUGCUCCUUCACUGCCUCACGACCAGAUGAUGUGCACAGCCUAGACGGGUCAUCAGUGGGGCCUUACAAUACCGACUCAGACGACGAGUCUGAUCACCCUUCUCGCGCAUCUUCUAUUAGAUACGCCGACCAAGCUCUACAAAACCCCUCGACUCAACUUCCAAAUAGCCGCCUUGAACAUGGGUCGUCUACUGAGGGUUCUGGCGUCGUCGUUCGGUCGAUCCAAUUCCAGGAAUCAGAUGUUGGUGACACGGCCCUCGAGGAGAACGUCUUUGCCAAACAUGCCGUCGUGGAGCUCGACGAGGAAGACUCAUCCACCAUCGCGGAACGUCUGGGUUUGCCGAACGCCCCAAAGCGCUGGGUUGCGUCGAUUCGCCAGACCAUGUCACAAUCAUAUCUCUCCACCAAGGAACCUCUGAGAGUUCUUUACGUGGGCCCCCCGGAAGCCCAAAGGGCCAUUGUGCUCAAGAUCUGCAGUGCCAUCUGGGAAUCACCGCAGUCGAGUACCCAAGACUACCUCGGUCGUCACCGCGAUGGUGUCUAUAACAUUAUACCCAUCUCAUCCUUCGGGCCCUCCCCAGAACUCGACCUGAUGGAAGCGUCCCUGUAUCAGAUCAAGGUAGAGCAUUGCACCUCUGCAGAGGUGUUCGUCAGCCCGGCACUCCCGCCUACCGGCGAAGUCGGCUAUUCCAUCACCAUUGAACAAGAAAAGGAUUACCGGUCCUUGGUUCUCCCGGCUGGCCCCACCGUUGCGCCGGAAUGGGAUCUACCUCACGUCGCGGUAUUUUACUGCUCGAUUUAUGAUGACGUCGAGAGCAGUGGGACGAGACAUGCUGCCUGGUCGUUCAUGGAACGCCAUGGUGUCCCAACCAUAUUAAUCGCCGACAAACAAGAUUUCCGCAAUCCCGAUUUGGGAAAGUACAUCAGCGAACACUCGGUCCAUCUCUGCUUAGAAUCCCGGGACCCCGAAAGGCUAACGGCUCCUCUACGCUUUCCGAUUGAUUACCAGUCGUUUGCCGACAUCGAUGCUCGGCAGAUGAACCGCAACCUAGCCUACUUGACUGGUUUGUCAAAGACUGAAGACAAGCUUGACCGGGAUAGCGCGCGGACCAAAGAAGUACCAAAGUCGGAGAUGACGAAAGGUGGAAAGGGGCGACCGUCUGUUGCGCGGGAGGAAUUCGGGCGGCGGCUCCGCUCCCUUCUGCCGGUGGCCAUGUUGUUGAUGGGCCCAUUCUUCGUUCUUUCCAUGGUCGACUGGCUAUGGCCAACAGGCCUCUACCAAACGCAACCAUCGUCUUACACUGGGGUUUGUGUUUCCUCGCAGAUAUCUCCCGCCUUCACGACUGGUAGUUCAUCUGUGGCGACAUCGACCAAAACCGUUGUGAUCAAUGUCACCUCCACCAAAACCGUCCAGGCGAUACAGACGCAGCAGCCUACUAGUACUUUCGCUUCUGCGCUGUCCUUGGCCGGAUUCCUCUCUGACAAACCAUCGGUUGUCCCCGCCGACAUCGAGACAAAAGACAAAAAGCCCAGCAACUCGAACAAGACGGCUUGCUCAGUACGCGUCCACAGCUUGACCGAGAUUUUGGUGGGCGUCCCAAGCCGAAACAAAGCAGUAUGGCUCGCGGCGGGAUCCAUUGACAUCACCGUUCGCCGAAAUGACAACCCUAUCAAGACCAAGAUCUCUUCCGUAGAUGAGGGGGUACUUGUUGAGCUCGAGCGGAGAGAUGCUUACGGUCUAGUGAACAUUACUGUGGUCACAACCCGUCGGCCCAGGAUUAACGAAACGUUCGAGAUUGAUUUUGGCAAGUCGGCGCUUGCUGAACUCGCCGAGACUAUCGAGGCCGGGCUGAACUUGUUGCAAGGCGUUGCUGAGAAGGUGACUUGGGCCGGCGACGCAAGCCAGAUCAUCUUCGACAACGCCUGCAAGCGGUCUCGCGAUUUCCCCGGCCAUGUCGCCUCUGCCCUCGAGCAUGCUUCGAAAGCCGUUCAGAAUCGUACGUGCGCGGUCAAGCGGGCUGCGAGCAAUGCCCGGGAACGCGUGGCUCGCCAGAUCGAGUCAGUUGAAUCGAUCCGUAAGGAAGCCGAUCUCUCUGUCCUCCAAGCGCAGAUUGCUUCUAGACUUUGGUGGUUGAGGAUGCAAGGGAAGACGGAAGAAUAUGCCGAAUAUAAACGGAACGCAUCUCGGUUCCUCAACGCGAAACAUCUGGAGCUCCAGGCGGCAAAGACUAAGAACACGCCGAACCAGUCUAGGUCAUUCUACGGCCUCCGAAGCGCAUUGUACUCGCCCUGGAAGAAGGACAGCGCCCGGCGCGACGAGGGCAACACAGACUCGGCUUCGCAAGACGGCGGCUGGGAAAACACAUGGAGGAAGAUCGUGCAAGGAUUAUAA